GGGAAAGUUGUAGCCAUGGCAGUUGCUGUGGCCGUGGUCGGGGCCGUAAUCGGGUCGGAGCCAGGCCCCGCGGAAGAACUUGCCAAACUCGAGUAUCUCUCUUUGGUGUCAAAGGUUUGCACUGAGCUGGACAAUCACUUGGGGAUCAACGACAAGGAUCUAGGUGAGCCUGGGGAGACCAUGCUGGACGAGGAUGAUGUCAAAGUUGCUGUGGACGUCCUGAAAGAACUGGAAGCUUUGAUGCCCAGUGCAGCAGGCCAGGAAAAGCAAAGAGAUGCCGAGCACAGGGACAGGACGAAGAAGAAGAAGCGGAGUCGAAGCCGAGAUCGAGACAGAGACAGAGAUCAUCGAGAUAGAGAGCGAAACCGAGAUAGAGACCACAAGCGGAGACACCGAUCCCGCUCUCGAUCACAUUCUAGGACCCGGGAGAGGAAUAAAGGGAAGUCUAGAUAUCGGUCCAGGAGCAGAAGUCAGAGUCCCCCCAAAGAACGGAAGGACCGGGACAAAUACGGGGAGAGGAAUCUGGACAGAUGGCGGGAUAAACACGUGGACCGCCCUCCCCCUGAAGAGCCUGCCAUUGGGGACAUUUACAAUGGCAAAGUUACCAGCAUCAUGCAGUUUGGAUGCUUUGUGCAGCUUGAAGGACUAAGGAAGCGGUGGGAAGGCCUUGUGCACAUCUCUGAGCUCCGGCGGGAAGGCCGAGUGGCCAAUGUGGCUGAUGUGGUGAGCAAAGGCCAGAGGGUCAAAGUCAAAGUGCUGUCCUUCACUGGGACCAAGACUAGCCUGAGCAUGAAGGAUGUGGACCAAGAGACUGGAGAAGAUUUAAACCCAAAUCGACGACGAAAUCUUGUUGGGGAGACCAAUGAGGAGACCUCAAUGCGGAAUCCAGACAGACCCACUCACCUCUCCCUUGUCAGUGCCCCUGAAGUAGAGGAUGACUCACUGGAGCGCAAGCGCCUCACCCGAAUCUCUGAUCCAGAGAAGUGGGAGAUCAAACAGAUGAUUGCUGCCAAUGUCCUUUCCAAAGAAGAAUUUCCAGACUUUGAUGAAGAGACUGGCAUUCUCCCUAAGGUGGAUGAUGAAGAAGGUAGCUUGAAGACAAUACUAAGCUGCCUGAUUUCCUUUCUAGCGGAAGGCAGGCAGAUUGCUGCCAACAUGAGGGGUAUUGGGAUGAUGCCUAAUGACAUUCCUGAGUGGAAGAAGCAUGCUUUUGGGGGUAACAAAGCUUCUUAUGGAAAAAAGACCCAGAUGUCAAUCCUUGAGCAGAGGGAGAGCCUGCCCAUCUACAAACUGAAGGAGCAGCUGGUCCAGGUUGUGAUUGCCACCAACAUCGCAGAGACAUCGCUGACUAUAGAUGGCAUCUACUAUGUGGUGGACCCUGGAUUUGUGAAGCAGAAAGUUUACAAUUCGAAGACAGGGAUUGACCAGCUCGUGGUGACACCUAUUUCUCAGGUGGGCUACACCAUUCGAUUUGAGGACUGCACUAGCCCCGAAACAGUGAUCAAGUACAUGACAGACGGAAUGUUGCUCAGAGAGUGCCUGAUUGACCCUGACCUCACUCAGUACGCCAUCAUCAUGUUGGACGAGGCCCAUGAGAGGACAAUUCACACUGACGUGCUCUUUGGAUUGUUGAAAAAGACAGUUCAGAAACGGCAGGACAUGAAGCUGAUUGUCACCUCAGCCACCUUGGAUGCAGUGAAGUUUUCUCAGUACUUCUAUGAAGCUCCCAUCUUCACCAUCCCAGGUCGAACGUAUCCAGUGGAAAUACUGUACACAAAGGAGCCUGAGACAGAUUAUCUGGAUGCCAGCCUGAUCACUGUCAUGCAGAUUCAUUUAACGGAGCCACCAGGUGACAUCCUGGUCUUCCUGACUGGUCAGGAGGAGAUCGAUACUGCUUGCGAGAUUCUGUAUGAACGAAUGAAAUCCCUGGGACCUGACGUUCCAGAGUUAAUUAUCCUCCCCGUGUACUCUGCCCUUCCCAGCGAGAUGCAGACCCGAAUCUUUGACCCAGCUCCACCAGGCAGCAGGAAGGCUCAGGCAAAGCAACGAGCUGGCAGAGCUGGGAGAACGGGGCCAGGGAAGUGUUACAGGCUGUACACAGAACGUGCCUACCGAGAUGAAAUGCUGACCACCAACGUGCCAGAAAUCCAGAGAACCAACUUAGCCAGCACAGUGCUGUCGCUCAAGGCCAUGGGCAUCAAUGACCUGCUGUCCUUUGAUUUCAUGGAUGCCCCACCAAUGGAAACUUUGAUCACAGCCAUGGAGCAGCUGUACACACUGGGGGCCCUGGAUGACGAAGGCCUGCUCACUCGCCUGGGACGCAGGAUGGCAGAGUUCCCUCUGGAGCCAAUGCUGUGCAAAAUGCUCAUCAUGUCUGUGCAUCUGGGCUGCAGUGAAGAAAUGCUGACCAUUGUAUCCAUGCUGUCUGUGCAGAACGUCUUCUACAGGCCCAAGGAUAAACAAGCCCUUGCAGAUCAGAAGAAGGCCAAGUUUCACCAGACCGAGGGGGACCACCUCACCCUGCUGGCUGUGUACAACUCCUGGAAGAACAACAAGUUCUCCAACCCAUGGUGCUAUGAGAACUUUAUCCAGGCUCGUUCCCUGCGCCGGGCCCAGGACAUUCGCAAGCAGAUGUUAGGCAUAAUGGACAGACACAAGCUGGAUGUCGUUUCCUGCGGCAAGUCCACAGUCCGAGUGCAGAAGGCCAUCUGCAGUGGGUUCUUUCGUAAUGCAGCCAAGAAAGACCCGCAGGAGGGUUACCGGACACUGAUCGACCAGCAGGUGGUCUACAUCCAUCCUUCCAGUGCUCUCUUCAACAGACAGCCGGAAUGGGUGGUGUACCAUGAGCUGGUGCUGACCACAAAGGAAUACAUGCGCGAGGUCACCACCAUCGACCCCCGGUGGCUUGUGGAGUUUGCUCCAGCCUUCUUCAAGGUCUCCGACCCAACCAAGCUAAGCAAGCAGAAGAAGCAGCAGCGGCUUGAACCGUUGUACAACCGCUACGAGGAACCCAACGCCUGGAGAAUAUCCCGGGCCUUCCGGCGGCGCUGAAAGGCAAGCUCAUCCUUCUGCCUUCCCGCCGCAGCAGCGUAGGCUUGGACUUGGUCUCAUCUGUGAAAAGCUCUUUAGCUGUCCUGCGACUGAACAUCUCAACUGGGUGUUUUCUAAACUCAACUCAUUUCUUCCCUGAUUGUAAAAUUGACCAAGGAUUUAAGCCUGGCUUUGGCCAGAGCCUCCAGCCCCCACCACCCCAAGUCUUGGAACCAGUUGGGAGCUCAUAGCCAGCACGGAGACACAUUGCAUCAUCCUUAAGAAAGGGGCAACUUGUGCAGACCUGGGAUGGGAAGGGGGACUGCGAGCACCUGGCACAGGGACACAGUGAGGGCCCUGGUGCCCCGCUGGUGCCCCCUGGAGGAGGGAGCUGCUGUGUUCAUCUCGGGUGCUGGCCCUACUUCCUGCCCCCUCUCCAACCCCUAUACUUCAGCUUAACUCCCUGGAAAUAUUUAUUUUCUUAAGAAAACAAAAAAGAUGGUUUUCUGUGACUGUUUCAUUUAGCUGAGAGGUUGGGCUGUUGGCCUGGGCUCAGUCAGGGUGAGGGAGAUUUAGUAUCUGGCUCUGGUGCACGUGACGGAGAAUCCCCUGAAUGCCCUGAAACCAGAGGGGCCUCUUUGGACUCAGACACGAUGUACCGCCCAGACCUCCAGCCUUGUCCAGCAGCAUCCAAGCUAGCCCAGCACCCUGGAGGAUCACCCCGUGACUGACCACAUCCA